AAAGUGUCUUAGUUCCUGGUCACCUGAGCUCCGGGUGACGCGGCUGCGGUAGCUGCGGAUACACGCCUUCCGCGGGUCCUGCCUGGCGACCCCGAACUCCUCCUGCUGUCUCUCCGCUCCGCCACCCCAAACCCGCCAAGGUCGUGUCCUUUUCCUCCUGUCCUUUCCCAGCGUUGGGCCGGACCGGGCCGAGCCGGGCCGCCCGGGCACGGUCUUGAACCAUGGCGUGCCUCUUCAAGAAGAAAACCGUGGAUGGUAAACCAUAUUGACUCAGAACCAAACAAGGCAGAAACAGCUGUCUCUUAAGUCCAAGACUUAAGUCUGUGAUCUUAUCACUCUGCUGUGGACCUGUGUAUUUCCUUCAGUAAGAAGAACCUGAAAGACUUGAGACAGGCUUUUAAUGCCCAGAGUGGAGCUGGCCUGGGUGGCCUUUUCUAAGUGCUGUGCUGGGCAUGGGCGAAGAGUGGGUGUUGGAUGAAUCAAGCCUCCAGACCCUUUUUAUCUCACUGAAUGAUGUAAUAAAGGAACAGAAUCGAGAGUUACGAGGUACACAGAGGGCUAUAAUCAGAGAUCGAGCAGCUUUAGAGAAACAAGAAAAACAGCUGGAAUUAGAAAUUAAGAAAAUGGCCAAGAUUGGUAAUAAGGAAGCUUGCAGAGUUUUAGCCAAACAACUCGUGCAUCUACGGAAGCAGAAGACGAGAACUUUUGCUGUAAGUUCAAAAGUUACUUCUAUGUCUACACAGACAAAAGUGAUGAAUUCCCAAAUGAAGAUGGCUGGAGCAAUGUCUACCACAGCAAAAACAAUGCAGGCAGUUAACAAGAAGAUGGAUCCACAAAAGACAUUACAAACAAUGCAGAAUUUCCAGAAGGAAAACAUGAAAAUGGAAAUGACUGAAGAAAUGAUCAAUGACACACUUGAUGACAUCUUUGACGGUUCUGAUGAUGAAGAAGAAAGCCAGGAUAUUGUGAAUCAAGUUCUUGAUGAAAUUGGAAUUGAAAUUUCUGGAAAGAUGGCCAAAGCUCCAUCAGCUGCUCAAAGCUUACCAUCUGCCUCUACUUCAAAGGCUACAAUCUCAGAUGAAGAGAUUGAACGGCAGCUCAAGGCUUUAGGAGUAGAUUAGUCAAAAAAUGUCAUAAUAUUUUGCUUACUUAUGUAGUAUAAACCAAGCACAGUGCAGAUUUCUUUUACAAAAUACAUGUAUUUUACGGGAAAAAAAAAAAAAAAUGAGACUGUGAGUGAACAGUUGUUUCCUAACCCGUGGCUAUUUUGAAUCUUUUGCCAAAGAAUGACAAUGAUGCAAAAAUGGGAACAGUUUGGAUUUUAAUUAGAACUAUUUAGGAGUGAUGAUGUGUAAAAACUUGACUUCUCUUUUGCAUGGCACAGAGAAAUUAUAUUCCUUACUUGAUGUCAGUUUAUGUUCUAAAUCUUUUUCACUGAAUAUAAAAAUCUUGUUAAAUGCUGUUAGGCACCAACUUCAAGAGGGUUGUAAAAAUAUUAAAAGUAUAUCAUUAAUUCUGUAUCUGUUGCUUGUCUUUUGUAAGUGAUUAUGUGUUAUGACCAUAGGCAGGUACAGCUGCCACAUUAUUUUUAAAUGGUCAAAAAGAAGAGUGCUAUUUAAACGUCUGUCUUAAACAAAAACUGUCAUAGCUUUUCUUUUUCUUUUUCCGUUGGGAGAACAUUCUAGUUGGUAAGUUUAUUACCUUUCAAAAUGUGCUUGGCACCUGCCUUAAAUAGCACAGAUCUAUUGUGCACAUCUUAAAUCGUUUCAGCUGGCAGAAAAGAAUUACAUUUAAAACCGAAAGCAAGGCCUCAAUACAAAGAUUAUCCUGGCUCUUUUCUAUCUCUGUGGGCCUCAUUGAAAUAUGUACUCUUAUUUUAGACACUCCUCUCUUAAAACAGACCAGGUUGCCCUGGUCUCAGAAGAAACCUAUGAUGACUUGUCCCUUUGAUGCCAUUACUGUGCAUUGAAUAUAAUUAGUAAAAAUAGACAAUGAAUAAAUAACACUUUAUAGUAAGUAAACAAUAUAUUUUGGCUGUCUAAUCCGUUUGAGGAUUAUAAUUAUAUGAAUUAUAAUUUAAACUGUUUAAUUUUGUUGAAUGUGUAUAUUGAAUCUUCUAAAUUGAAGCCAUUAUUCUCAAUUAAGUACUACAUCUAUGACAAUGCUUGACCUACAUUUUUAAAAUAAAAAUUAACUUUUUUUGAUAAAUAAAGCACAAUUUUACCAGAAAUUACUGUCUAAAUGUGUAUUAGCAGUAUUUUUUAAGGUGAAAUUGCCAUGGUAUCUAAUGAAUGUGUAGACAGAGAGAGAAAAGGAAGGAGUGCCAGACUAGUUAGAAUAGAAGUUAGGAUUAGGUUAGUUUUGAAAAAUGAUGUUGUAAUAUAUGGGUUCUAACACAUCCUACCAUGAAAACUGGAGGAGAUAUGUGUAACCUGGUUAAUUUAGGAUGGUGGACAUUUUGGGCUAAUACUGACAAAAUACAUCUUAGGACUACUAUACAUGUGACACGGAUUGCUAGGAGGAAUGAAAAAGUAAACUGUAUAGUUUAUAUUCCAUAAACCAUUUUAUAAUGUUCAAAGAUUAGGUUUCGUUAUUGAUAGUAUUAAAUACACAGUUUCUCUUAACAGUGAUGGGUCAAAACAUUUUACUGGAUUAUGGAACAUGUUUUGAUUCUUGGAUGUACAUAAUAAUGCCAUCUAACUUAUUUACUUUCUUGUUUACAUGUGAGAGCUUUUGUUUUUAAAAAUUAUUUUGUUAAAAAAUAUCUCAAUAAAGAUUUAUUAUUGUUGUCCUUUUCUUA